GCGUGUGUGCGAGAGUCCGAUUUUUCCUUCUGGUCUGGUUGAUUGCUGUUCGCAAUUGACUCAUCCCGUACAUUACUACAGUGAUAUGAAAGUGUUUUGCUUUUUUAAAAAUACGUCUUCGUACGUCCAUCCGUGUGCAUAAUAAUUUUCAAUAGUGCGGACCAUUCUGCCAGUUCUAUUUGUGUUCAAUUUAUUAUAAUUAAAUUUGAUUAUUUGAUUUGCCCACACGGACUGUGGCGGAGAGAGUCAAAGAAUCAGCAGGUUUCCAAAGUUCUCGAGAUAAGAUCAACAAAGGUGUUUUGCGAAAAUUGGUCGAAAUAAUAAUAGAACGUUAUUAUCAGUUAAUGGUCAAAAGAUUAGCAAAUUCUGAAAGAAGUCAAGUGUUGACAGAAGUAUUAUCAUGAUGAAUAUAUUGAUUGCUACGAAAACGAAGAUUGUUCGAAGAUAAGACCACCACAUCAAUAGCAGUUCCAGUCUAGUGGCGAAAAGAGUGGUCGAAGACCGAAGCAGUGGCAAUAAAAAAAGUUCGCGAAUUGAUAAGCUUCGAGCGAGUUGGCGACGAGAUAACGACGGGGAAGGUGCUCAACGAUUAGAGACCAUGAGCACCGAAAGUCCAGAUAAACCAGAUUUAGUCGGCAGCGCGAUGACUCCUGGCGGAACAGCAGCUGCAGCUGCCAAAAUAUGCAGCGUUUGCGGGGACAAAGCGUUGGGCUACAAUUUCAACGCGAUGACCUGCGAAAGCUGCAAGGCAUUCUUCCGGAGGAAUGCUCUCUCGACAAAGGGCUUCACGUGCCCUUUCAGCGAAAGUUGUGAAAUUACGGUCGUAACCCGCCGGUUUUGUCAGAAGUGUCGGCUAGAUAAGUGCUUUCAGAUAGGCAUGAAGAAGGAAUAUAUUAUGUCGGAGGAAGAUAAGGCUUUGAAGCGGAAGAAAAUUGAACAAAACAGGGCGAAAAAACGGAUGAUUAAUGGAAACGUUUCUAGCGAUGGAGGGAAUUCGAUUGGCAGUGAAAUGACAGGCGGGAUGUUAGAAAACGAUUUGCCUAUGAAAAUUAAACGGGAAGGAACAGAAUCAGAUUGCUGGAGUAAUUCCUCAGAUUACAUGAUGUCCCCGGAGUCGAUGCAUCAGCAGAAUGGUUCGAGUAUGCAAAAUUUAUCUGUUCCUAAUAUGAAUGCUUUUAAUAGUGGAGUGCCUUCGCCGAACGAAUUCAGCAAUUCUUCUUGUUCGUCGCACAACAACUCGACAUACAAUCAUUUGGGCACGACAAGAACGGAGGGGGCAGACCUCUUAUCAGCAGCAAUACUAGCGUUGCCCUCUCAGACUCAGUUGGAAUCGCCUUCACACCCAGCUCGUAGCAGCGAACCAAUGAUGCCUGUCCUGACCAUCGAAUCCAGUCCGGAGGAUAUCGUCAACCGCAUUGUUCAGUACCCUACCCAGGCCAGCCAGACGAUCGCCUCUCUAAUGAAAACCCCGAAAGACGCUGUGUUUAUAAUGUCAAAAGUUAUCAACUCACAAUGCGACGCAUUAAAGCUGAUAUCACAUUUUAUAACAGCACCUGGCGAUGCUUUGCAAAUUAUCAGCAAGAUAAUGAAUUCCCCUUUGGAUGCUCUGACGGUGUUUGCUCAAUUCAUGAGCUCUCCAACGGACGCCUUACAAAUCAUUGGUAAAAUUAUGAGCUCCCCAGCAGACGUCCUUCAGUUUAUGCAGCAACUGAUGAAUCAGCCUGAGGAUGCCGUCCAGAUUAUGAACAAAUUUAUGAAUGCCCCAGCGGAAGCCCUCCAGAUGAUCAAUAAAAUGAUGAAUCACUCGGAUGUGAUGGAAACGAUCAAGGAAGCCGCGGAUACUUCUCAGCAGGACGAAGAGGAUUCCCCUGAGGAGCUGACCCCACCUCAUGUCAUUAUUCCGAGCAUUCCUCCUACCACGAACAGUGCUACGGCGUCCCCAUCGUCAACGUCUCAGUGCGAGCUUACUGCUCCCCCUUUUGAUGCAUUCCUGUUCAAUUCAUUGCCGGAACCACCACCUCAAGAUCCUCCAUCCUCGCAUCAUGUCAUCUCCGACCCGGAUACCUUCGAAGAAACGCAAAACAAAGCGACGUACUUUCCCAAUACGUUGGAAGCGGUCUUAGAGCAAGCAAUCCGGCUGGAGUAUGAGGGUUACAAUGGAUCCUCCAUGGGAAGUAGCGGCAAUGGUAGCGGUUCGUCCGGUGGGGGAGGGGCAUCGUCCUCUUCUCAGUCGUCGCAGCUGGGCGGUGUGAGUGGUGGAAACAGUAUUGAAUUGAACGAUGCCGAGCGCGCAAAGCUAAACGAACUGAUCGUGGCGAACAAGGCGCUCUAUGCGCCGGUCGAUGAGGACCUGGCGUCGCUGAUCUCCGAGGAUUGUCGGAUAAAGUCCAACCAAAACCAACAGGAUCCAAUGCUGUUAAAAGUUAUAAACCUGACGGCGAUUGCCAUCCGACGACUGAUAAAAAUGUCAAAGAAAAUCAGCGCAUUUAAAAAUAUGUGCCAAGAGGACCAGCUGGCGUUACUCAAAGCUGGCAGCACGGAAAUGAUGAUUCUCCGUUCGGCCAUGCAAUACGACUGUGAUAGGGCAAGUUGGAAGAUUCCUCACAGCCAGGAGGAGAUGUCCAACAUCCGGGCGGACGUGCUCAAGUUGGCCAAAGGGAACGUCUACCAGGAACAUGAACAAUUCAUUCGUACCUUCGACAAAAAGUGGCGCUCGGAUGAGAAUAUUAUUUUGAUUAUGUGUGCCAUAACGUUGUUUUCGCCCGAUCGACCAAAGACGGUGCACUCCGAUGUGAUAAAGCUGGAACAGAAUUCGUACUAUUACCUGUUACGACGGUACCUAGAAAGCAUGUACCCGGGCUGCGAGGCGAGGUCGAUCUUCCUCAAGUUGAUGCAGAAAAUCUCCGAACUGCACCGGCUGAAUGAUGAAAUCAUCAGCGUCUAUCUGGAUGUGAAUCCCGCUCAGGUGGAGCCACUGCUAAGGGAAAUUUUCGACCUGAAAGUUCACUGAGCUUAGAAAAAAAAACUGUAUGUUCCGGGCAAAUUGCUACAUCACAAAUUCGGUGUCUACUACGUACCAAUACCUAGUUGAUAGAAGCUGUGUUAAAAUAAUGUUAACAACGUCAAGUUAAGAUUUCAUAGCUGGUUCUACUGAAAGCAACAAAUGAAGCUUAUGUUUAGUUUCGUCGUACGUUUCAGCAUUAAGUCAGAAAUCCUAGUGAAUGUAUAUGUUGAAGAAGCUUUAAUGGAUUUAUAGUGUUUAUGUAUUUAUAGAUGAUAAAUAUUUUUACAGUCAUGUAAAUUAGAACCUGAUUACAGUACUAUAGUGUUAGCGUACACAGAAAUGUUUACAAAAUAAAUCGCCACGUUACUAGA